UUCCUGUUACUACGGAAGCUGUUGCAUCCCGUUUAUCCAAUCAUAUCGGCCGACCUUAGUUUAUCCUGAAUAUCUCCGCCCAUAUUUGAACAAAGACACGCGAGACUUUCGCCGUUGUUCGACGUUUGAUCUACGUGGCUUACAAAGUGGCUUACAAAGUGUUGAUCCAUAAGGACAACAGCAUUAUCUUUUUCUGUGUUGUGGAAUGAAUUCAGCUAAAAUCUGCAGAAUGGCGGAAGCACAUCCAAUUCAGAGAUCUGUGAAUAUUGGUCAAGCUUUAAAAGACACACUUUUACAAGCACUUGCACAAGGCAGACUUGUUCUGGGGGUCAUGUCCAGUGCCAAACUGCUGGAAGUGAACCCGGAGAGCGUCAUGGUGUGUAUUCUACCUGCCUCUGUUCCCAGUCAUGACGUCACAUUUCACAUCCAGCAGACUCUGGUGGAGGCUUUCUGCGUGGAGCACGGUAUCCCCAUCUUGAAGAUUUGUGACUCUGAAAAGCUAGCCUUGACCUUGGCCGAGAAGCAGGAUUCUGCGAAUAAUAACAGCGACAAACAAGAGGAUGGCGAGAAAGAUCUCACAUGUGUACUUGUACAGAAUCCGGAAGUCAGAAGCUCCGCGGACCAGUUUGUCAUUGAAUUUUGUGAAAUGAUCUUUCUUCCUCACCCUAGAAUAGAAUUACCUGUGUGAUAGAUGUCAUAUAAUGCCGAUUUAUAACUUCAAGGAAUCAGGACUUUCCUGCAUUUCGUUUCGGCAACACCAUUUGGUUUGGAUUCAGUCACUUCAAUCCCGGGGACACCCUACAUUGUAGUGGAUACCAGUGCAAGACAGAGCUAACACCACGAGAGUGGUGCAGCGUCAAGGCGGACGAGCAUCGCGCGGAAGAUGGUGACGUCAAUAAUGACUUGCAGAUACCUGCAUAUCAAUUUCUACGGGAAUUCAACUGAGAAAUAAAACUUAAUAUUUUUUCCAGUA